GUUAGAAAGUAGAAAGUAGCAAUUAGUAAUUAGUAAUUAGUAAUUAAUAAUUAGAUUCAAAUCAUCAAUGAGUAUAACUAAAGGAGAUAAGGACUCAUCAGGUAAUAAUAUCCGAGUAUUGGUAAGAGUACGUCCUCUUUUACCAAGAGAAUUGAAUUCUGAAUUAAAUCAUGAUAGUUUAAUUACUAUGCCAAAGGAUACUCCGAAGAAAGUUAUACUACGAAUUCCAGAAGAUUCAACUUAUCAUUCUCAAAAGAAUAAAACACUUAAUAGAUCCAAUUCCCCCGGAGAAGAAUAUAAGACUUAUCAUUUUGAUGAAACUGUAUGGUCAUUUAAUAGAACAGAUGAGAAUUAUACUAAUAAUAAACAAUUUUAUCAAAAGACUGGACCUCAAUUAAUUGAUCAUGUAUUUCAAGGUUAUAAUGUUUGUUUAUUAGCAUAUGGACAAACUAGUUCAGGAAAGACAUAUACAAUGAUGGGAGAACCAGAAGAAUUAGGUUUAGUACCUAGAAUUGUUAGAGAUAUAAUGCGUCAAAAGGAGAUAUUAGUAUCGGAAAAGAUUAAUUGUGAAGUUAAAAUGUCAUAUAUCGAGAUAUAUAAUGAACAAGUCAAAGAUUUGUUAGGAAUGGAUAGUAAUAAGAUUAAAUUAAAAGUUAGAGAACAUCCUAUUCUGGGUCCAUAUGUUGAAAAUGUAGUUGAUUCAACUCUUAAUAAUUAUGAUGAUUUUAUAACUUAUUUAGAACGAGGAAAUUCCAAACGUUCAACAGCUGCUACUUCAAUGAAUGAUAAGAGUUCAAGAUCACAUGCCAUUAUUACUAUAACAUUGAAACAAACUAAAUUUGGAUCGACAGAUGAUACUGAAAUCGGUGAUGCAGAAGAAGAAAUGAUUUCUAAUAUAAAACUUGUAGAUCUUGCUGGAUCAGAAAGAUUAUCUAGAACCAAAGUAUUUGGUCAACAAGAUAGAAUCAAAGAAGGUUCACAAAUUAAUAAAUCAUUAACUGUAUUAGGAAGAUGUAUAAAUAUUCUUUCAUCAGAGUCUAAUCAAAAAUCUCAUACUGUUGUACCUUACCGAGAUUCUGUAUUAACUUAUAUAUUAAAAGAGAAUCUUGCUGGAAAUUCCAAAAGUUUCAUGAUAUUUUGUGUUUCUCCUAUUGAUUUUGAAGAAAGUUAUCAAACAUUAAAUUAUGCCAAUCAAGUUAAAUCUAUUAAGACUGCAGCUAGAGCCAAUAAGACAAAAUUAGCAACUGUAGCUAUAGAUUGGGAAGAACUUCAACGUAUAGAUCAAGAUGCUAUAGAGAUGUUAAAGAAAGAAGUAGAAAAUUUGACAGCACAAUUACAACAAAUGGAAUUGAAUCCAUCUAGUACAUUACAAGGAGAACUUGAUAAUUAUUCAAAUACGGUAAAUUAUUUAGAACGAGAAUUAACUAAAUUAAGAUUUGAAAAUAAAUAUCUUAAGAAUCAAUCUACUGAACAAAUGAAACAAAUUCAAGAAAUGAAUAACUUUACUACUUUUGUUGCAAAAGAGUAUGAUACUUUAUACAAAGAUUAUAAAUUAUUAGAGAGUACUCAAUUAUCAAAUGCUAUUAAACAAUUCACUAAUAAUUGUGAUAUACAAUCAGCCCAUGUAAAUGAUAUGUUAGAUAUAUACGAUCCUAAAAAUAUAUUUUAGCAUUAUCAGUUAAUAAAAAAAAUAGAAAUUGAUCACUCUAAUUUUAUUGUAGUGUA